AUGGACGACUCGAGCCUCAAGUUCAUCAAGAUUGUCGCCAAGGGCUCCAACGCCGCAGUUCCCACCAUCCCGGCCUUCUCCAGGACCGUCAAGUUAUACACCGCCUAUGUUUCGUCCGACGUCGAUAGCCUGGUCAUUCAAGCGCCCCCGAACGAGGCAGACGGAUUCAGCCAAGUUCUCAAACUAGGUUCCGAUGGAGCCGUCAAGAUCCAGGAGGGGCAAAACACUGUCGAGAUCAAAGUCGACGCGGUCGAUGGCAGCUCCAGCAUUUACUCGAUCAGUGUGCAUCGUCCGAGCGCGGCGGAUGCCACUCUCAAGGCCCUGGAGUUUCCUGUCGGCAUUCUCUUGCCAGACUUUCAUCCCAAGGAGCUCAACUACGUGCUCCAUGUUUCGUCGACCGUCGACAAGGUCGCCAUCACCCCGGUGCCGAUGAACGCCAAAGCCAAGCUGGAGCGGCUGCAGUUUGCAAAGACCGAGCCGACGCCGCUCCUGCUUGGCGACACCACCUGUGAAUUCAAGGUGACGUCGAUGGACGGAAAGCACUCGUUGCUGUACAGGGUGAUUGUUCGACGAGACAAGCCCGGGUCUCGCAUGAAGAUCAUGUCGGACACCAAGGACUAUCCUCUCUGCAGCCUCUGCAGCAACCUGGUCUUCCGUCCGCGGAUUUACAAGGUCCUCCAGGACAUCAAGCCCGGACCCUGCCGCCACGAGUACUGCGGGAGGUGUCUGAACCUGUUUGCUCUGCGGUACACCGAGCCCAGCGCCCAAGCCGGCAAGGAUCCCGCCACGAUAGUCAGCUGCCCGCUCUGCAACAUAUCGAGCGAGGUCCGCAAGACAUGGAGCAACGAUCCGCUUUGGGAAAGCAAUCAUGACAUGGAAGUCGAGUUUGGCGGCUGGAUGGCCAAGUGUCUCUUUGCGCCGUUUGGAUGUCCGCGCCAGGACGUCAAGUGCAUCGACAUGGCCGCACACUUGUCCAAGGACUGCAAGCACAUCCCCGUCGGAUGCUCCGAGUGCCAGCGACUCUUCAACUCGCCCGACCAGAUAGCAGGGGGCAAGCACAAGGACCCCUGCAUCCACACCUGCGCCUGCGGGCGAAAGGUCUAUGCGCAAGAGGAGGGCUUCCACGCCAAGAUGUGCCCCGAGAAGCGCAGCGAAAAGUCAGCCUCUGAGAAGCCCCCGCAGCGCGAGUGGGAAAAGGUCCUCGUGGACAAGAAAAAGUACCCGGGCGACGCCGAGAAGCUUGUCGGCCAGGCCAGCGGCAAAUGGAGCCACUACCUGGCAUCGCUCGGCACGGCGCAAAAGGCAUACUGGGAGUCCUUUGGCGCCAGCGAGCACAUGCCUGCAGCCGAGGCCCUCUCUGAACUGGCUGGGCUCUAUGCGACCGCCAUCGCCUCUAACCUUGAGUCUGUCUCGGUUCGCGGCGGCAAACCCGACGAGAACCUGUGCAUCCAGCUCGGCAAGGCCCUUGAGGAGAAGGGGAUAUGCACGGACCUGUUUCCGCCCCACCAGAAGAGCAAGGCGGCACAGGGAAGCAACAGCUCCACGACGCCUUCCGACGACUUCAUGGGCGACGAGGUCAACGGGUGUCUUGCCCAGCUGAAUGUCGAUUCGGGUGCGAGCGAUGUGGUCAAACUCCGGGCGCUGGAGGCAGAGUACCAGCGACUCCUUGGGCUUGGACUCUCGGACCAGGUAAACAAUGCCCGGGGAAACGCUACGGCAGCGGGAUCCAGGGUGUGCAGAGUUUGCCGCUCGCUGACAGUUUCGUGCUCGUCUCAAAAACCAAAGGCACAAGAAGUGCAGGGGCUCUAUGCAUGGAAGCUCAAGCAGGUCAUUUCGACUGGCGGCCAAAUCGACGACCAGGGCAAAGCAGGAUCGUUGUCGGGCAGCACCGUCCAUGCAAUGGAAAAGUACCAAGAUGCCACCCGCAUCAAUCCCGAGAACCCAGAUGCUGCUCUGCACUACGGUCGACUCCUGCUCCAGUCCGAGCGCAUACCCGAGGCCAUCAAGUAUCUGCGGACAUCCCUGUCGUUCAAGCCAACAAACAGACCCGUGCGAAUGUAUUUGGCGAGCGACAUAUUUCCGUCGGGACUCGCGCUGAUAAAGUGCGACGGCUCUGGACCAGAGGAGAUUUCCGAAGCAUUGGUGUAUCUGAAGGAGGCCCUCUCGGAUUUUUACUCGUCAGUGUCGUUGAAUGGGCUCCAGCCCGCCUCAGGCCAAAACGGCGAGCUCCUCAUCGACACUCACAGUCGGCCCACUUGCCCCGCCUUCCUGGGCGUCGCCAACGCCCUUGCGCGUGGGUACAUGGUUCAGAGUCGCCUGGAUGCCGCCGAAGAAACGCUGAGCGAUCUGCUGGACCUGCUGCCGGAUGUGAUGGUGAGGACCAACCGGAGGAGCAAGGCGUUUUCGGCCAUGGGUGAGGCCAUGUGCACGGCGCUCAAGAACCUGCUCGAGGUGCUCUACUGCCAGAGCAGUCAAGUCCAAGCCAAGAAGCGCUUCGACAGCAUCAAGCUCUCGCUGCUACACAUCCAGCGCCUUGUUUCGGCGGCCGAGGUUGAGCAGCAAGUCUCGUUUAUCGAGGCGUCCGAGCAAGUCGCCCAGGCCCUGGUGAUCCUGGACCCGAGCCAAAAUGAGUUCUUGGCUGCCUUUGGCGACACGCAGCUUUCGCAGUUUGACUACAAUCCCAAAUACGAAAAGAGCCCGGCGCGGCUGCUCUGGGCCGAGGAGGCCUUUGCUGCCUCGAUUGCAUGCGAGCGGCCGGGAUCCAAGGAGGCCUCGGAUGCACUCGCCAAGGUCUACGUGCACGAAUGGUAUGUGUCCGAGAAGAGCAAGAUUGAGCAGAUCAAGAGCCAGUUCGAAAAGCCCCCCGCGCCGGCCGGGAAGCCCAGUCCAGCCGAAAAGCCAAAGGCAGGUGGCCCGCCGGCCAAGGCAGCGCCAGGUACCAAGCCGCCAGUCGCCAAAGGGCCGGGAGCAGGAGGAGCGGGAGCAAAGGCUCCAGCAGGAGCAGCACCCAAAACACAGGGCGCUGCACCCAGCAGCGGGCCAAAGGCAGCAGCCAAGGCACAGCCCGGAGCCGACAACAUUCCGCAGGCGCAGAAGAAUAUGAUAGUCAAGACGGCCGAGAAGGUUGACAAGGCCGAGCCAGCGAAGAAAGCUGCACCAGGGCCUGCAGGAAAGGCAGCGCCAGCACCUCCAGCAGCUCAGACCAAGAAGCCAGCAGCUGCCAACGCCGCGAGUGGAGCCAAACCAGCAGGGGCAAAGCCCAUGAAGAAAGAUGCAUCUGGUGCUGAGCCCGCGGCGCCGCCUGCAGCGACCGAGUCCAAGGCGACGACAUCGGAUCCAUCGCCUGCGCCAGUCGAGGCUGCUGCAACCACACCGACACCCGAGGCUGUCCUGCCUCCACAGUUCAAGCCGCGGAUCGGGGUCGCCCGAGUACUCUCCCGCAAAAUCGGACUCACGACGGGCGACAAGACCCAGCUGGUGCUGGAUGCCAAGAAGUGGUACCUCGAGGCCAUCGGGCUGAACAAAUCCUUCCACGACUCGUACAUCGAGCUCGGGGCGCUUGUUGAGAAGCAUGGCACCCUGGAGGAGGCUGCAGAUGUGUACGCCUCGUUCCCGUUUCCGCCCCUGGACUCACAGAACCCCAGCCAGGACGACCUGUUUCUGCACGGCGAAGUGACCAGAACAUUCAUGAAGUGCAAGCGAUUCAAGGACGAGCGCCUGGUGCGAAGUCUGAUCGCCGAGGGACGAGCGUCCAGCAUCGCUGUCAUUUCCAAGUACGUCGAGAUACUCGACCAAGCCUCGGAGACUCAGACGCUCAAGCAGGUCUUUGCCGGUGUCAACCGCAAGCCCAUCGACCACCCGGACAUGGUGGCAUUCUUCAAGAUGAAAUACUGGGCAUAGUUCACACGCGCCUGUGGUGUCGCCAGCGGUGCGUGCUGAUGAAUCAAGACAUGUAUUUGGUACCAUUUCGAAGGCAGGAAGUAAUACAGGAGUGUGGUUGUGGUUCAACGAU